AUGGUGACUGCAGCAGCAAAUCUGGCGCUCGUGCCGCCUCGCGCGGGCCAGCUAGAAAGGGCCCGCGCUGCUGCCAACCGCAGCAGCAGCAGCAGCAGCAGCAGCAGCAGCAGCAGCAGCAGCAAGGUGUCGGCGUACACGGAGCAGCUCUCUGGCUGCCUCACUGCUGCUGCUCCUGCCUUUUGCUGCAGCAGCAAAAUCAUUUGCUGCUCCAUGGGGCCCCACAUCUGCGUAUACACCACAGCUGCUGCUGAGCUGCUGUAUACCUGCAAGGGCCACAAGAGCAGAGUGAUUGGGAUGGUGAGCAUCCCCCCGAAGCUGUACCGCGCGCUGCCGCCGAUGCUGCUGUCGUUUGCUGUUGAUGGCAGCAUUUGCUGCUGGGAGUUGCACAGCAGCCACUUCUUUUAUGACAAACUCGAGCAGCAGCAGCAGCAGCAGCAGCAGCAGCAGCAGCAGCAGCAGCAGGAGGGCACGUCUCCCAACUGCCUGCGCACGAUGAAGGUGGAAGGCGCCAUCUUGGGCACUGCUGCUGCAUGCAGGAGCCGCGAGGUCGUGCUGCUGCUGCUGCUGCCAGCGCAGCAGCAGCAGCAGCAGCAGGGCAGCGGAAGGAAAGGAGCAGCAGCAGCAGCAGCAGCAGCAGCAGCAGAAGCAGACAGUUGCUGCUACGCGGUGCGGGUGCUGCCAUUUGAGGCUUUUCUGCCUUCUGUAGACGGCCCCAGAGGAGCAGCAGCAGCAGCAGCAGCAGCAGCAGCGCAGCAGCAGCAGCAGCAGAUGCUGCUGCAGGGCGAGGACUUGUUCACUUUCAAAGAGCCCCCGUCAGCAUUUGCUGCUUCGCCGACAGCCACCACGAUUGCUGUUGCAUGCGGGAAGACGCUGCUGCUGUACAAGCGCCAGCAGCAGCAGCAGCAGCAGCAGCAGCAGCAGCAGCAGCAGCAGCAGCAGGUGCUGCGGCUGCUGCACGUGGACCUGCUGGUGCAGGUGUCCAUACACCCGGAGGAGCUGUUCGUUGCUGCUGGCGACGACCAGGGCCGCAUUGUGCUGUUCUACACAGCCCAGCAGCAGCAGCAGCAGCAGCAGCAGCAGCAGCAGCAGCAGCAGCAGCAGCAGCUGCGGACGGCGGUGCUGCACUGGCACUCGCACGCAGUGAACUGCCUAGGGUUUAGCUGCGAUGGUUUGCUGCUGCUGUCAGCAGCAGAAGAGGGGGUUUUGGUUUUGUGGCUGCUGCAGCAAGGGUUUAGGAAGCAGUUUUUGCCGCGGCUGGGGGCCCCCGUGCUGCAGCUGUCGCAGGCCUGGACGGAGCUGCUGGCGCAGCAGCAGCAGCAGCAGCAGCAGCAGCAGCAGCAGCAGCAGCAGCUGGAGCUGCUGGCCCUCGCCUGCGCAGACAACAGCGUCCGAGUCAUUCAGGGGGGGACUCUUGCUGCUGCUGCUGCUGUCAAGGGGGUGGCGAUGCCGCUGGCGGCCUUCAAGCUGGACCUUGCUGCUGCUGCUGCUGCUGCUGCUGCUGCCAAAGCAGCAGCAGCAGCAGCGCCGGCCGCUGCUGCAGCAGCGAAGGCCCCAGACGCAGACGCACACGCUGCACUCCACAGGAAGCAGCAGCAGCUGCUGCUGCAGCAGCGGCUCAUCAGCAGCCGCAGCAGCAGCAGCAGACCCGUCCGCAUCAGCCUGCGGCCCUUCACCGUCAGCAGCAGCAGCAGCAGCAGCAGCAGCAGCAGCAGGGACAUGCUGCUGGUGUGCAGCAGCGAGUCGCAGCUGCAGUGUCUAGACACCGAAAGCGGCCAGGAGGAGUUCCUGCUGCUGCUGCAGCAGCGUACAUACACCUCAAGGGCGGAUGAGGCUUUUGGCUGCACUUGGGCUUUGGAAGCAGCAGCAGCAGACUGCUGCAGCAGCAGCAUUGCGGUGCUGCAGGCCAGAGACACGCAGCAGCAAGCAGCAGCAGCAGCAGCAGCAGGCCUCUUCCCCGGAGACGCCAGCAGCAGCAGCGUCUGCAGCUGCUCCUGCUGCAGCAGCAAACCUCCCAGGGUCAGACCGGCAACCUGCUGCGCCUGCAGCAGCAGCAGCAGCAGCAGCUCCUGCAGCAGCAGCAGCAGCUCCUGCUGCAGCAGCAGCAGCAGCUCCUGCUGCAGCUACUACAGAGGGGAGCAGCCGCUGGAGCCGCAGCAGCAGAGCAGCGGCCGCAGCUACUCCCUCUCCUUCUAUGUUUGGGUCGAGUCCAGCAGCAGCAGCAGCAGCAGCAGCAGCAGCAGCAGCAGCAGCAGCAGCAGCGACGAAGAAGACGAGGACCCGCAGCAGCAGCAGCAGCAGCAGCAGCAGCAGCAGCAGCUGGGGUGGCGGCCCGAAGCCCGCGGCAGUUUUGUUCUUUUAAAUGAAGUGCAAGAGCCUCACCUUCACGACGUCACUGCCCUUGAGCCCCACCCCCUCGAGCCCUGCAGCUUUUUGACAGCUUCAAUAGACUCUCGCUUCAAGAUAUGGCGGCGGGUGGCAGCUCCGGGAGGAGCAGCAGCAGCAGCAAGUUCUGCUGCUGCUGCUGCUGCUGCUGCUAGCUACUCUGCUUUUGUUUGUUUAGUGGAGUUUAGCUGCUGCAGCUUGCCAGUUUACUGCUGCUGCUUCUCUGCUGACGGCUCGCUGCUUGCUGCUGCUCACGGGGGUUUUGUGUCUCUUUGGGCUGCUGCUGAGGGCCCCCGUUUGCUGCAGACCCUCCCCGUUGCUGCUGCUGUCCUCAGCAGCAGCAGCAGCAGCAGCAGCAGCAGCAGCAGCAGCAGCAGCGACAGCGGCGGCGACGCAGCAGACCCCGAACCCGCAGCAGCAGCAGCAGCAGCAGCAGCAGCAGCAGCAGCAAAGGAUUGCAUGCUGCUGCAGAGGCGCUGCGAGUCUGUGUUUAUAAUAGAGUCUUCUUUUGGCAUCUUUUUGCUGCAGCAAACAGCAGCAGCUUUGCUGCUGCUGGACUUGCAGCAGCUGGCAGUUGUGUGGCAGCAAACUUUCGAAGGUAAGAAUUAA